UAGUCAUGAAUUUGUUACAAAACCAAAAAUGGCAAAUUCAAGCUCUGAUAGAUAUAAACAAGAAAAAUUAUAUGAGUCAUGGAUGAACAAUCAACAAGAAGAGCUAAAAGAGCUUCAAAAUUUCAUCAUUCGUGCUCGAAAUUCGAGCACGAAUGAUGUCGAAUUGCAUGAGUUACUACAAAAAAUUAUGGGCAAUUUCCAAGGGUACGUAAACGGCCGUAAUCGACUCGCACGAGUCGACGUAUCGCCGUUCUAUGCACCCACUUGGUGCACCCCUUUAGAAAACUCGGUCUUAUGGAUAGGCGGAUGUAGACCGUCGUUCAUAAGGCAUAUUUAUGCGCUAUCCGGAAUCGAAAUCGAGUCUCGUAUCGCGGAGUAUCUACAGGGUAUAAAAAUUGGUGACUUUGGUCAACUUUCUGCUAAGCAAAUUACCAUGAUUGAUAAGCUGCAAAGACAAAUUAUUAUAGAAGAAAAUAAACUUUCUUCUAGGUUAGCUAGCUUGCAAGAAGAUGUUGUUGAUCAACCAAUAGCUAUGGCAGCUAAAAUUUGCGACCGCAUCGAACAAGGCGAAAGUGAAAAAGAGCCAUUAAAUAAACUUGGUGAAGACAUGGCAAAUUUACUAGAAGAAGCUGAUGAAUUGAGGAUGAAGUCACUAAAGGAGAUAUUGGGCAUAUUGACACCAAUUCAAGGUGUGGAAUACUUAGCAGCAGCAAAGAGAAUAAGGCUAUGUUUGCAACAAUGGGGGAAGAAGAGGGAACAAGAACAUAAUAGUAAUAGCAAUUAAUUAGCUAGAGAUCAUUAUGCUAUGGGAUUAUUAGUGUUUGUUAUGAUAUAUAACAGAGAGAAUGAUCAUAAAAACAUGAACUGUCAUUUUUUUGCGA